AUGCUUUCGCUACGCAGCACCUCGCUGCUCAUAACAGCGCUGUGCGCUACCCUCUCCUUCCUUCCAGCAGCCUCGGCGGCGCCAGCACUUCAAGAGCGUCAAUCUUCUCCCAAUUUCUGGAUGGCCGAUAUCAACCGAACACCUGGAACCGUUUGGGGCAAUCCCAACACAACUUACAAAAUCUUUCGAAAUGUGGUCGACUUUGGCGCUAAAGGAAAUGGACAAGCUGAUGACACUGAGGCCAUCAACAAGGCCAUCUCCUCGGGAGGACGUUGUGGCGACGGCUGCAAUUCAUCUACUAUCCAGCCCGCCAUCGUGUAUUUCCCGCCAGGCACUUACAGAGUCAGCAAGCCGAUCAUCAUGUUCUACUACACGCAGCUCAUUGGUGACGCGCUCAACAAGCCAAUCAUCAAAGCCGACCCCGACUUCACGGGCAUGGCACUUUUGGACAGCGAUCCCUACAAGGACGGCGGCGCGAACUGGUACAUCAAUCAGAACAACUUCUUCCGCCAAGUCCGCAACUUUGUCAUCGACCUUACGCCUGCGCCAGCUGCAGCAGGCAUCCACUGGCAAGUCGCUCAAGCUACAUCACUUCAGAACAUCGAUUUCAAGAUGACCGAAGGUGGCAAUCAACAAGGCAUCUUUAUGGACAACGGCAGCGGUGGAUGGAUGAGCGACUUGACCUUUGAAGGCGGCAAAAUUGGAGCCUUUCUCGGAAGUCAGCAGUUCACAACUCGCAACCUGAAGUUCACAAAUUGCCAGACAGCCAUAGUCAUGAACUGGAACUGGGGCUGGGUACUGAACAACGUCUCCAUUUCCGGUGGUACCGUCGGCCUCGACAUGGCUGCAAACCCUACCAACCAAUCCACCGGCUCCGUCCUCCUUUCGGACAGCGUCAUCUCUGGUACGACAUAUGGCGUCAACACGUCGUUCUCCAUGACCGGCAAUGUGCCAGCUACUGGAAACACGCUUGUCCUUGACAACGUCGACAUGUCAACAUGUCAGCAAGCUGCGGUCUGGUCGGCCAAGACUAAAUCGUCGGUCCUGGCGCCAGGCAAGAUCGAGGCCUGGGCGCAGGGUAACGGAUAUGACCACACUGCUUCUGGUAAGCGUACACAGGGUCCUAUAAGCAAGGCCAAAAAGUCAACGCAGCUCCUUGAUGGCGCUGGCAAUAUCUUUGGCCGAAGCAAGCCUCAGUAUGAGGAUUUACCAGUUGGUAGCUUCAAAUCUGUCAAGACUGAUGGUCGCUGCAAGGGGGAUGGACAGACUGACGACACUGCCUGCAUCCAAAAGUUCCUUGAGACUGUUGCUGGUACUGCUGACGCGGUUGCGUACUUCGAUCACGGCGCCUACCUCUUGAAGGACACCGUUACAGUACCCAACAAGAUCAAGAUUGUGGGCGAGAUCUGGUCACUGAUUGUCGCUGAUGGCGCCUCUUUCAACAACGUCAAAAAGCCGAAGCCAGUAUGGCAAGUUGGUAAGCGUAAUGGCGGCAACAUCAAUGGUGGUGUGGAAAUCAGCGACCUUAUGUUCGAGACCAAGGGUCCUGCUCCCGGCGCUAUCAUGAUCGAAUGGAACCUCAACUCCGCAAAUGGCGAGUCCGGCAUGUGGGACUCUCACGUUCGCAUCGGCGGCUCGUACGGCACUGAGCUUUCGGAGGCGCAAUGCCCGGGAUGGCCAACUACUGAGCCAACGCCCGAAUGUCAGGGAGUUUUCUUGAUGUUCCACGCCCGACCAGAAUCUGGCGGUAUUUACCUGGAAAACACAUGGUUCUGGGUCGCAGAUCACGACCUUGAGGUCAACAAUCAGACUCAAAUUUCGCUCUACAGCGCUCGCGGCUUCCUUCUUCAAUCUAAAGGACCGGUCUGGCUCUGGGGCACUGCAUCCGAGCAUUCGGUCAUCUACAACUACCAAUUCGAUGGCGCUCAGGCCGUGUUCGGUGGAUUCAUGCAGACCGAAACACCCUACUUCCAGCCAAACCCAGAAGUUCCGCAGCCUUUCGACUUCAACAGCCAAUACGACGACCCUACCUUUACCAUCUGCACAAACGGCACCGACAGCUCAGGCGUUCCCUGCAAAGACGCUUGGGGUCUUCGCGUUGUCAACAGCAAGAACAUCUUGAUCUACGCCACAGGCAUGUACAGCUUCUUCAACAACUACGCCCAGGCCUGCGUUCCACUUCAAAACUGCCAGGAGCACAUGAUUAGGAUUCAAAACAGCCAAGUCGACAUGUACACCGUCACCACUAAGGCGGCUGUGAAGAUGCUCGACGACUCGGCUGUCGGUGCGCCCAUCCUGGGAGCAGACAACCGGAACAUCUUCGGCGACACUCUUGCUUGGUAUAGGACCGGUUAG